AUCUUUCCUCCACCUCUAUUUCUAUAUAUCUGUCUCUAUCUCUCUGUCAAAAAAAACAUUAAUAAUAAACAAAAAAAAAAAUGUUUGAAUUUGGGGAUGAACUAAUAAUAGACAGCUAUAGAAUUCCAUGGCUGAUUUGGAUCCAACUUUUUGCUAUGUUUCUUCUUGUUAUCCUUGUUUACUAUUUCACCACCACCCCAUCUGAUCUCUCCACCCCUUCGCCGUCAUUUGUUAAUGGGUCUAUUCUCUCUUUUCAAGAUUCUAAGGCUAGAGAAAAUGAAAUUGAGGCGGGGACAAGCACAAGUGAAGUAGUACAAAGAAUAAGGAAACCAAAUGUGCAGAGAAGGGAAGGAUCAUCCAUGACGGACGAAGGCAGGGAUAUGUUGUUUGAACAUUCACACCAUCCUUGUAAUUUCUUUGGGGUUGCAAAACAAGCUUUCCUAAAAUGUCUUGGAAUAGAUCCUACUGCCCCCGAGAACUCCAACAAGAGACGGCAUGAGAAAAAUGAUUGAAAACGCAUUCCAUCUGAUUAUGUAUCCGUGAAAUGUGUAUUAUGUCUCUGGCGUUCAAAAAAAAAAUGUAUAUUUUGCUGAUUUUCUUUGUUAUCCCCUUUUAGAUCAGUUAGUUUUGACACUUGAUUUAACAUGGUAGAAAAUUGAUUUUGAACUGAA